CGUAGAUACAUUAUUGGAUGCAUCGGUGUUCGAAGCAGCACGCAGUUAACCGUGAUAGUGCAAGAUCAUCCAGGACGAUCGCGGCAGGACUGUUAGAACACUAAGAGAGCGAUAAGUAUGGGACGAAUGUGUAAACGACGGAACAAAGCUCCUCAGAGUACUUACUCGAGUACGGAGAAUCCAACGGCCGAUCAAGGGAACGAGAAGGAGGCGCAGGAGAGACCGAGACGCAGAAAAAUUAUGUUGAGAUACUACUUUGGUAGAUUCAGAUACUACCAUUACUGCUUGGUCGAAAAAUUGGGCACUUUGGUCGGAGUCGUGUGCCUCUCGAUGAUUAAAAUUUAUUUCGUUUUAAUGAGAUGGAACCAGCAAUUGAACGAAAUGACGAACGCGAUAAACGAGUGUCGAGUAAUAAUAUGAUUGUUCUACUUUGGACACGUGGGUGGCCUCAUUGAUCAGGAAAACUUUGUCGAGGACCGCACAUAGUUUACAAAUUUUAUCAGUUCAAUGUAACCUGUAUUAUAGGUUAUAUAUAUAACCUAAAUUAAUAGUCAAUGUAACCUAAUAUAUAGAUUAUAGGUAAUAUAUAGAUAUAUUAUAGAUUAUAACCUGUUUA